CGAUAAGCUGACAAAGUGACCUCGUAACCUAAACACAAGUGUGCAUGUGUAUUCUUAGUGACACGUGCCACCAAUACACACCGAAAUAAUGCAUUUUGCCUUUGAUAUUUUGCCCCAAAUGAAGAUAGAUUGCAUCAUCUAGUGUGACAUACAUUGCGUUAGCUAUGACGCAUCACUUUUCCAAUCACGUGACAAAGAAAAUGGCGUAGACAGUGCAGUAACGAAAUUCCUUAGCUAAACAUGUGAGGAUUAAAAUUUAACGUUCUUUAAGGAUGUUGGAGGUGUUAAAUCGUUACUCUUUUGCUCGAAAGUAAGCUUAAAAUCCCUGCAGAAUGGAAAACGAUCCAGAGCAGCAAAUGGCUGCAUUGGAGGAAGAAAAGGAUCCAACCAGUGGUUCAGACAGUCUCGGGUCGUCAAUGAACACGAGUGAUUUCAGGCGGGUACGAGCCCCGAACAAGAAAAAGUAUGACGAAGAGAAAGAAGAACUGCUUAAAGAAAUUGCCAAUAAAGACGCUGAGAUGAAAUCUUUAGCUGCCAUCUCCCCUGAACAGCAUGCAAGCCAACUGCGAGACCUCCGCGAUGAGCGAGAGGCGUCCGUCAACAAACGGAAGAAAAUCGAUACUGACCUACGACUGCUUAACCAGGAAAUCACCAAAAAGAUGGGCCAGCUCUCACGGACAGAGUCAAACCUGCAUUAUAAGAAUGAACAGAGGAUAGAUGACACAAUCCGAAAACUUGAGCUACAGCUUAACAAACAGAACUUCCGCCUUUCAGAAGAGAGGAGAGUUGUUGGCGAAAUUGACAAGCUGAAACGAUCGAAAAAGGUCUUAGAAGAGUACCUGAUCCAGAAGAGGGAAGUGGAUAAACUUAGAGACAGCCAGCGACGAAUUCGCUCAGAAAAAGACCACCUGUAUCGGGUUAUCACAGGCCUGAACAAACGUGAUGAAGAACUGAGAAGGUCGAGUCAUGACCGGAAAGCCAAAUACGAGACACUUAAGAAAGAGUUAGACCAACUUCACGAGAGCAAACGUCAGCUGUUUGCCGAAUACAAGCAGUGUGAAUCAGAAUACCAUUAUGAACUGAAACAGAGAAAGUCGCGUAAACGUAACGAGAGUUUCCGACGCCAAGAAGAGGCUCGUAAAGCAAAGGAAGAGGCGUGGCAAAAAGAAAGAUUGGAGUUUGAGUGUCAGCGACAACCAUACGAAGACGAGAUCAACCUGUGUAACACCCUGAUUGCCUACACACAGAGAUUCUCCUCCGAUCGUGAGGACGUUGCCGUGCUCCCUAGCCCACGAGAGGAAAACCCGCACCCACCUCUCUGUGCAAGCAGCUCAUUUGGCCCUGCGGACAGCCUUGAUGACGGCAAGCUGAUUCUACUGAAGAAGUCCGAGGACCCCGAGGUUGUCUACAGUGUAGCUAAUAAGCCCCGCCGACACAGCAAGAAGGGCAGAAAACUCUCCACUACAAAACCACUCGCCCACACCCCACAGAUCCUUGCCCAAUUUUCCUCCCUCAAGAUGGAGGCCCCAGUCAAUGUUGCUCGCAUUCCCGCCACGCUGGAACAGCUCCAGAUUAAAAAGCAAUACUUUGAGGAGCAAGCUUCCCAGAUGCCCAGGCCAUUGCUAGGAAACCUGAGUGGGUCUUUCAGUAGUUCGGGGAGUUUUUCUGGCUCCUUCUCUGGCAGUCUUGACUCUCCUAUGAGGGAACGCUCGACCACCUGGGGGAUAUUUGAGGUACCGCCAGCUAUUACUGAAACCCAGACAUCGAGUGAAGCGGGAGAGAGUGGUUUCCACGACAUGUCCCGCCAAGCUAGCAAGACAGAGAGCUCCGAGAGUGCCACGGACAGUGCUCAGUGUGAUCAGGCCUUGGAGGAAAUCAUCAAGCAAUCAGCGGAGUACCAGGGCAGCGAGACAUCACGCUCCUCAAGUGAUACAAUCACACCUGACGAACAGACUGACGAACAGGAUAGGCAGUCCAGUUGCCAUAGCGACAGCAAUGGGAGUCAUGACAUUGCAUCUCCCAAGUCUGACAGUUGCCAUGGUAACACUGAAAACAUUGACAACACAGACAAUCCAGUGCAACCUGAUAACCACAGUAGGAAUUUGUCCCGCCCUGUGUUUGAGGAAUCUGCUCGUAAAAGCCUUAGUUUACCUUUAUCGGAGGACAUAAGAAAGGGAGGUAAUUUGAGUGUAGAUAUACCUAAAACUUCAGUGUGCUUGGAUUUGAGCUCAAAAAUUGUGAAUUAUGACAAAGACUUUCCCACGUUAUUAGGGAAUGAAAAAGCACCUAGUGAUACUGAACACUGUGAUUCUCUUGUUACUCCGAGUACUACGGACAGUGGUUACGUCAGUAGUUCAAACUCUGUGUGGUUGAAUAUAGGUAGUGGUGAGUCGGAAAACACAACAGGUAGUAUGUCCCAAACUAACAGACCAAGUGACCAUACCGUUAGUGCCUCAGAUGUUAGUGUUAGUGAUCCUCAGUCAGUAUUCCUGGAGAAAGAGUCAGUGAAGGGGAUAGAGGGGUCUUUAGGAGGACCAACUUUAGAUUUGUCCGAAAAAGAUCAGCUGAAAGACCUUCAAGGUUGUUUGGAUUCCAUGCAUUUGAUAGACCAUAAAACCAGUCCAAAAGCAACCAGUCUGAGUUUAGAAUGUGAAGAUGAAGCCGUGGUGAGAGACUUUGAAGAAACAGAGGACGUGGUCACACAUUUGUGAUGAAAAUUGUGUAUUUUUAUUAGUUGUUUGACAGAGAACCUUUGAAAGGGGGGAAAUGAGGGUUUCAUCAAAAGUUUUGAUGUACAGAGUUUAGGUGUAUGGAUAGAACUGAUGUUGUGAAAAGAGAAAACAAAUUUCUUAUAUAUACAGUAGUGGUCAAUGUUAGCACGAGCUUGCAAGCCCUUCACUGGUAAAAUGCUUUCUGGACUAGCUGAAACUCUGGGUUUUAUAACACAGGGCUUAUUAUGAAUGUUGAUGCCAUGAGCUAGUGUCAGAAUUAGGUCUUGUUCAACCAAAGUCUGAUUUCGAUGUCUGUAUACAUAUUAAACACAACAAAUGCCAAGGGUUGUAGAGAGUGGUCCAGUGGUUAAGGUGUCUGCAUCUUCGCCAUACAGGUUGUGGUUUGAGCCUCACCAGUACUGGUUUCUACCAAGGGAACAGACCCAAGGAGAUUCAUAUCAGUAUUCAAAUUAAAAGAAAAGUUUCUGUGGUUUUAACAUUAAAGUAUACAUUUUCAAUAAAGUCAAUAAAAAAAUAAGUAUUUCAGAAAUAAUCAAGUAAUAACACCGUAUGACGAGUGAGAUUCUUAAUUUAGGAAAAUGAUUUAAGUUAGGAAAUUACUUAAGAUGUUUUAUGAAUAUCGCCACAGGUCUCAGGUGAGUACAUGUAUAUAUAUGUUAUACAUGAAACUAGCCUUUCAGUUAUUGAGGACACAAAAUUAAUUUUGUUACUUUAAAAACUUUCGAUAGUUUGCAUAUUGUUCGACAGACAGAGAAAGGACCUUUUUCUUUGGCCCUUGAAUGUGUACAAAUGAUAAUUUUUUAUGAAACCCUGGUUUUCACAUUUCUGUAAUUCGUUGUGUGUAAUUUUCAGAUAAUAUUAUCAGAGUAUUUUUAUACCUUUUGGAGUUGUUGUCAUUUUGUCAUGUGUUCAUAGAGUGUUUUAUUCAGUGAUCAUGGCUUACAAUUGUAAAGGGAUUUUGCUAUAUAUUCAAAUUCAUAUUUUUGUAUGGAUGAGCUUUUGUUUAAAAUGGUUGAUUGAUGUAAAUGAGUUGUUUUAUUUUUUUACUGAAAAAAAAGGAAAAUGAUGUUAAGUUUUAAUGGCAUCUUGAAUUGAUAUUCAGCACUUAUUUUAGUUUCUAUGUAUUCUGUUGAAUAUAUUUCAUUACUGAUAUUUCAGAUUAUAUGUGUAAAUGCUUAUCCAGUAGCAUUACUUUAAAUAGAAAAAUGAAAAAAACUAAAAUAAUGCUUAUAUUAUGUAAAAAUAAAUGUUAUGUUUUAUUUCAAGUGUGAUGUACAGUUGUGCUUGUUUGAACAUUUUUAUAAUAAAUAGUGGAUAUUUGUUGAAUUUUUGCUGUGAGAUCAAAAUUUAUUUCACAAAGUGUUCAAAGAAAACAAUAUUUCCACAAGUUGCAAAGCAUUGAGCUAAAAUAUAAUUUUCUGUGAUCAGGAGUAAAAUAAAAUUUGAUCUUGCUUCUAAAUUUGAACAAUUUUCUUCUUUUUUUUUGCUAAAUUUAAGAUGGUUGUCAAGAUAAUUGGCAUUUUGUGAGAAUCUUAAUGUCAUUUAGGUGCUGUCAUUUAAAAAAGAUUCUUUCAACAUGGUGAACGCUAUGUUUUCACAGGAACCCAAAAUCUAUAAGAGCAGUAAAAAUAACAUGAUAUUUACCAAAAAGCAUUAAAAAAUAUUAAAUAUUUAUUGAUUUAAAAUAUAAUAUUUCCGACCUUCCAUUGUCAAUGGUUUGUCUCAUGAUUUUAUUGUGAAUUAAAUGGCAAUUUUAAUCAAGCAUACUCAAGUCAAGAGUUUAGGGCAAUUUAAUUAAGGGCAUUUUAGUUGUGUUGAUUUGAACUUAUAAUUUAUUGGUAAAAAGUGAAUUGUGGCAUUUUUAAAUUAUCUGUCUUUUGAAGAACAAAAAAUUGGAGUUUCUUUCAUAGCCUUGAAAGAAUUGCUAUAUUUUUUAAAUAUUUUUAUUUUACACAAUGGAAAGGUUUUGACUUCAAUCACAAUGAAAUGUCUAUUAUGAUAUUCACAUUUUAAACACAGUACAAAACAUAUCACUGACAAUACAAGUAUGUGUCACAAGGCCCAUAACUCUUGCAGUAAUAUUAGCAUAUUAAGUACCCUUUUAAUAACUGAGAAAAACAUGACGUGUAUUGGUACCUAAUUGCUAUUGCUUUGUUGGUACCUUAGAGCAUGUUGAUUUAUGCCUUCAAACUUUAAAGAUUAUUGUACAAAAGGCCUGCAGCCAAUACACAAACACGAGCAUACAUAUAUAUAUAAUACAAUUUAUACAAACAUGAUAGAUAGCACUAGUGUCAGGAUUUGGCCUUGUUCAUCCAAGUCUUAAUCUUGAUGCCUUGAGGUACUCUAUUACAUAAGGAGAAGCAGCUGUUUUUAUUUUAUUUUGAUAGUUAAUUUAACAUAUUUCUUAACCAAUUAUAUUAUAAGCAUUUCCUUUUUACAAAGAAAAAGAGUCAAGGUAUUUUGAUAGCCUCGGGGUCAUUGUUCUUGUACAUAAUCUUCUGUCAAUUUGCUCAUAGUUCCAGUAAUACAAUCAUGGAUAUGGAAUAGGCCACCUCGUAUGAUAAUAAGGUUAAAUUUGAUCACGUCUAUCACUUAGAGAAAUGCAUACAUGUAUGUUCUAGUGUGUUGUGUAAUUAUUUUACCUCAGUUGCACAAAUGACAAACAUGUUAUAAUCCUUUAAAGGGACUUAUUUUAUGUAGUCAACUAUGUUUUUUAACCUUAAGUGAAAAAAAAAAAUUACAUACUUUUUUUUUACUUUUUGUUUUGAAUUUAUGGAACAAAUACCAAAAAAAACUAACAGAUACACAUUUAAACGAGUUAUGUUUCAAUAGCAUUACACAAUUGCCAAAAGAACUAUAAUUUGGGCUAUUGAUGAUGUUUUAUCAUUGUUACAAGCAUUCUGUUCCCAUUUCACACGGAAUUAUUGUUUUCGAUUAUAUAUUUAUCAUAUAUGGAAUGACCAUAUAAAACGUGAACAAGUUCUUUUAGAUUUGAAAAAUAGAUGACAGAUAGGUUGUAGCUUUGUUGUAGAAACUAAAAGGAUGGCAUUUAAAACUUUUUUUUUAACCAAUUUGAUACAAUGGCGUUUGAUUGUUCAAGAAUAAAUGGGCAAUUACGACGUGCUAUGCUGCUUUUUUAUUCAUAUUUUAAUAUUUAUCUUAGGUUGCAUGUUGUGCUAGCAAAGGUUAAGUUAUAAAUGUAUUUAAGUAAAAACCUAUUUAUUUGCCAAAUUGGGUGUUUUGGAUUACUAUGUUAAGUAUGUUGUUAAGUUAAACAAUUUGUUGCUAUGUUAAGUUUAUGUGUUUGUUACUGUUUAAAUUUUCAUUUUUGUGUUGCUUAUGAUAACAAGGCAGACACAGGAAUUACUUGGUCUAGCGAUGGUCCCACACUUCUGUUUCCCAGCCAGUACUUUUAGAAGACUUAGCCCUAAUAUCACAAAAACACUCGAGUCAAAUCUCAACUCAUUUUACCACAUGAAAGCAUAGUAUGAUUUAAAAUCUUGCAUGUUUUUAUACUUUUUGAAAACGUAUUUUCUCAUGUAAUAGACUUGAGUAAUUGUACUCAAAUGCAUUUUUGGAUGUAGAAUAUUGUUCCCGUAAAAUCCUGACCAAAGUCAUAAAUCAACAUUUUACAUGAUAGAAUGCCUUUUCAAAGGUGUAAAAUCAUAUGUUACUUUUAUAACUUUUGAUGCUAUGUGGUAAAAUGAGUUGAGACUGAGAUUGAGAUUUGAAUUUUUUUGUGAUAUUGGGGCUGGGUGUGGAGUCUUCAAACUUGGAAUACACAUUGGUCAUGGUCAGAAGAUGACAAGUCAAUAGGUCAAGGUGACCUUAAUUAAAAAAUAUGGGCACUCCUGACUGGAAACACAUCCUAUUUGCUUCCUCUAGUUUGUAGUUUCAAUCUUAAAUCAGUUUAACAAUCACUUAAGAUAUAAAUUUUGUUUACAAUUUUCUUGAACCAUUUGUUGAAUUCUGUGUCUAUUUUAAUUCAUUGCUUACUGACUUGUGUUAGUGUCCAUUGUAGAUUUUACUGUUGCUGGGAAGAUUUGCUGAAAAAAUCUCCAUAUUUAUUCAAUUAUGAGUGUUAUUUGUAUAGGUCCGAUUUAUUACUGUGUAAUUUGUAUGUACCUGUAUCACUUAAAUCAAUGUAGGAAAGAAUUUCACAAUGUUAUCCGAGCAACUUGUGCUGACUUCUUGUUGAAUUUAUAUAUACUGUACAAUUAUUCAGAAUCAUUUUCACAUCUGCAGUUAUUGGUAAAUACAUGUAUGUUAAAGAGAAAAAAUAGCAAUAUUAUAUUGAGUAUUUCUUUUAAAAAAAAAGCGUUUUAUUAUCAAAUGUUUUCUGUGUAAUUUGUUAAGAUUUGUGUAUAUAUGCAUGUUUUAUGGUUAAGAGUUAUUCCAUGAAUUCUAUUUGUUUUUCAUAAAAAAUGAGAUGUCAUAAUGAAUUCAUUAUAAAAGAUUUCAUUAAAAUUUCAAAGUUUGCGAAAUACUUAAUGUGCAGAAAUCAUUUCUUGUUGCCAAUGUAUUAUGUUAUGUUUUUUGCGUGAUUUAUGAAUUGUACAUGUGCAGGAUUAUUUAUUUGAAAAUAUGUAAUAAAAAAAGAAAAAGUCUUAAAAUGACAAAGAGAAUAUUUCUAUAUUUUAAAAUUGAAUGAUGCGUUGAUUUAAGUGUUGACAUGGUAAUAUUGUUCCAUUUGUGAAUUACCUUCAACUUAUAACACUUACUCAGGGUUAAAGAUAGUACUUAUUUUCAAACUGUGAGGUAUGAGAUCACAGCUGCUCGACACACAUCACCAGUAUCAAUACCCCUACAGUUAAAUUGUGGUGGUGGUGGUGUGCGUCUAGCAGGUGUGUUAGAUGUCUUGCUUUCAGAACAUGACAACUAGGUUAAUAAUGUCAUUAUAGCAUCCAUGCAAAGGAAAAAGGUACAUAGUGCAGAUUGUUCAGAAUUUUGUUAAAGUUAAUGAUAUUGUUUACACCAUUGUUAGCUUUCAAAUCAUCACUGCUCUGGAACUUCCAUGGACUCAUUGUAAUUUGCAGUAUUUCUAAAAAGUUUUGAGACAACUAUUUCAUUUGUUGGCCUACUUAAAUAAGUUGAAUUAGGAACAUAUCAUAUAAUAUAAUUCACCUUAAAAAGCGAACAACAAUGCUGUAAGCCAUGUUGUCACCUUAACAAAGUUCUGAACAAUCAGCUGAAUAAUGGGUUGUGUAAAAAAGGUUCUACUUAAACUCAGUUAUAAGGUCAUGACAGCACAUAGCUAGCACAACUUUGCCUGUUUUGUUGGCUCGUUUGCUGUUAUUGUUUUUAAAGAAAUAAAGUUAAGAUAUUGUCGUAGAUUUGGUGGUAUCAUCAUCCUAGUGGUCAUUGUUGGGUUCGUAUUGCAACUACUUAAACCUUGACCGUAACUCUAAACCCAUUCUCUAAAACCCAUACUCUAAUGAAAUCUGACACAAAUGUUGCUAGACUCAAUACACAUAUGUAUAGCAAGGCCCACUACUCGGCAUUUAAUAAUUGUAGAGUUAUGCCCCUUGUUGACCAAAAAACAAUGACAGAUGAGUGUUCGCUCCAUGGUGUUCUUUAUAACUUGUGUGUAUUUUCCUGGGUAAAAUGUUAAUAAUGAUGUUCAUGUACUUUCUAUCCAUUGUAAAGCACUCAAAAGAUAUUUCUUCUGUUAAUGGAAGAAAUGCGUAUAUAAAUUGUUAAAGAAAUUAACACUGCCCACAAAAUACUGUCUUGUGUUUGUUUGCAGUGUCAGUAUUAGUUUGUUUAUUAUUGUGUAUAUUCAUUUUGGAUAAUUAUUAGUUUCUUAGUGUAAGAUAGAAACAUAUUUCACUGAAUGAUCACCAAAAGCUAUAUUUCACAGCUGGUGUUGGUGAAAUAUAUUGUGAUCUUGCACUGAAACCAGCAAUUUUUUUUAAUUAUAUGCCUAAAAUGGAUAUAAAAUGACAGUUUAAUGUAGUUUUGUUAGAAGACUGCUCCAAAUUGUUAUUCCAGAAAUGAUGUUGAUCAGAUUGUUCCAGCCUUAUUCACUCAGAUAUGAAAAUAUCAAAUUGUUUCACUAUUUCAAACACUGAAAUAUCAUUUUUAUUUCAAUAAUUAGUCCAUGGAAAGCAUAUAAUAAAUAGGAAUGACUCGUCUUAAAAAUAUUUUUUUAUAAAACACUAUUACAUUGCCAAUAUCGACUAGUCGUAUCAAGGCUAACACACACAUAUAUGCUGUAUAGUAUGAAGAGUUGAAUUAUACAUCUUUACCCUUACGGCUUCGGUGAAGCCAGCACACAAUCACUGUUCAAAUCCAUUAUCUGUAUGCUGGUCAUAUCACCUUGUACAGUGAUUGUGACCCAUGAAAUAAAACUAUCAUCAUA